GGGUUUGCGGCGAGGCUCUUCCCACAGGCCCUUGCGCGGCACCUGGUCACAAAAUGGCGGCCCGAGGGAGACGGGCGGAUCCUGCGGGUCGGGAGCCCUUGGGCCCCGCGGGGGGGGGCGGCGGCGGGGUCCGCCGGCCGGUUGCCGGGCCCGUGGCCGCCGUCGCCGCCGCCGAGGACGACGCGUGCGGCUCAUCCUCCGGGGGGGUGAACCUGUUCGCCAACGAUGGCAGCUUCCUGGAGCUUUUUAAGCGGAAGAUGGAGGAGGAGCAACGAAGGCGCCGAGAAGAACAGAAGGAGCCGCUCCCGGGCCAGGGGGGUUCGACCGCUGGCCCUCAAGCCGCGGCCCCCGGGGAGCAGAAGAGGAAGAUUGGGCCCGUCCCAACACUCAGCUUCGUGGGCAAGCGGAGAGGUGGGAACAAGCUAGCCCUCAAGACAGGAAUAGUAGCCAAGAAGCAGAAGACGGAGGAUGAGGUUUUGACAAGUAAAGGAGACGCGUGGGCAAAAUACAUGGCGGAAGUGAAAAAAUACAAAGCCCAUCAGUGCAGCGAUGAUGACAAAACCCGGCCCCUUGUUAAAUAGCUUUUUCUCCCAACAAGGACUUUCUACAUUGUACAUACUUAUUUAAAGCAGCAAAAGAACAAUAGCAAUUUCACCAAGGACUUAAACACAGAAGAAAACUUCAGUAGCUUUCUGGCACCAGAGGACGAUUCUCUAUUACUUUUUAUACUUUGAGCACUUGACUUUUGAGACUUCCUAGUAUAGAGAAUUCAGUUUCUCUCUUUCCCUCCUUGCCCAUUGCUUUUAGGAACUAAAGAACUAUCAGGACCCCCCCCCCUUUUUUUUUCUUUCCCCUUUUAUCCUUUUCCCCCUUUUUCAUUUUUUCUUUUUUCCCCUAUUUUCACCAUUCUCUCUCUUUCUCUCUCUCUCUCUUUUUAAAAAAAAAAAAUAGCCUGGGAAUUGGAUUGACUUAUCUCUGACCUUGGGCUAGUGCUUGGAACAGCUACUAAGCCUUUCUCUGGGCCUGUACCUGCCUCUGUUUCAGUCCUCACCCCCUAGUCUUACCGGCCAACAUUUUUAUCUUCUCCACGAGCCCCUCUUGGCCAGCACACCCCUUCUCCCAACUCGCUCUUGAAUGAGGUCCUCAGUUCCUGCGCCUUGGUUGGCUCCCUGUCCUCUGCCUCGUGCUUGGGGGUUUAGGAGGUCUGGCCGGGACCAGUUAUCGACAGGCAUCCUUUUAUUCCGUCCAGUGGCUUUUGUUACGUUGCUUUUCAGAAGUGUUAUCUGGUUGAGAUGCUGAAUUGCUGCUUGAACAUUUUGCAGAGCAUUGAUGGCGUUUUGCCUGUUGCCUGCUGGCUCCUUAUAAAAGUUACUCCUGCAGAAUCGUCCACCCAUCCCUAUGUUCCCAUCUGGGAUGUUCUCAUCCCUCCUCUUGAGUCGGAUUUGGAUCCUGACACUCUUCAAAAGGUGUAUCAGCCUUUUCCCAUUGUAGCUGCUCGCUGCACCUUUACUGAACUAACCACCCUGGGCACUGCUGAUUAAAACAGUUUUUUAAGAUCCCCAGAACAAGCAGAAGUAUUUUUUUAAAUGCUUUCUUUUUUCUAAUUCUUAAAAGCCCAGGACAUUUCAUGCUUUCUGGUAAGAAAACAUUCCUUCCUCUGAAGGAAAUCUAUCCUAAAAAAUCACAUGCCUUGUUCUUGUAACCAGAGCUGCCCUCCCUUACUCUCCAUCGUGUGUCGAUGCUUGUUAUUUAGGCACAAGAGUUGCACGUGUGUAACCCUGAAGCUUGCUGCUGAAUAACAGGGUGCUUAAAUUUUUUUUUCCAUCUAUCCCUUUUAAUUUCCCCUUUUCCCCUCACUGAGCUAAAGAUGGAUCACCGGUAUUUUUAAAAGUAAUGCUUUAAUAAUCACAUGGUCUGAUCUCAUUGGUCAGCACCCUUAGGCUGUAACCAGGGGUGGUGAAGGGGGAUAUAUAUAUAUGUAUACUUCUUCAUGACUAAUAUGUUGUGAGUGCUCCUCUCUCCCCUCCAUGUCCUCCCCGCCUCUAACUCCUCCAAGAAGGUGUGAGUGGGGUGAAAACCACCAUAUAAUCCCUGAAUCCACUGCUUCCUCCUUGGUUUGGGGAACAAGACUGAGAGGAACUUGGCUCUUCUGGCCUUGUGAAGAGUGGAGAUGCAGCGGCUGUUUACCAAAAACUUGGAGCUGGCUCUAGAGUCUGCUUCUGUCAAUCAAAACUGCCUGCAUUUCCAAUGGGACCUGCUUGUUUUUUAUUUUAUUUUAUUUCCACCCUCCCCCUCCCCCCCGCUUUCCAUCCUCCCCCUCUGGAACUGAUUUCCUUCCCUGAGCCAAAGGGCAGGACGAGUGGAGUGUGAGUGCCCUGCAACUUCCUCCCAACACCCUGAAUAUCAUCCAAGACAGUGUAUGGAAUGUGCUGGGCUUGUGCCCUCAUGCUCUGCAGCACGUGGUUUUUCCCCAAGUGUCCUCUCCUCCCCGGAAGUGGCGAGAAAGGUGGUGUGCCUGUCUCCUGCAACGUCGGCACUCUUCUGUGACUGCCAGCCUUGCAUCCUCGUUUUUUCCUGCUUGGGAAACAGUAACUCGCUUCCUCUGAAGACUGCUCUUCUUUACCCCCACCCCCCCACCCCUCGGGAGUGUUCUUGCCCCGUCCCCCGGCCCCCCCCAAUGGAGGAACUCAUAGCUAUCAUGUUCCAAAAUGCUGACUUUUAUAUAUAAAAAAAAAUAAUAAAUGUGGCAGAGAAAGAA